AUGGACGCACCCGGCGAAGACCUCAAGUUGUACACAGGAGGCUGCGAGUGCGGUGCCGUUCAAGUUGCACUCAAAAGCAAACCACUCAAUGACAUUGAGAUCAAGGAAGACAAUUGUAGCAUCUGCGUCCGGAAUGGUUUCAUCGGCGUUUACCCUCAUCAGUCUCUAGUCACGCUGGUUGGCAAAGACCAGACACAGGACUACAAAUUUGGCCGUGGUUUCAACGGCUCGCCAUUUUGUCGGAUUUGCGGCGUCCACUGCUUUGGAAACCUCUACGGUCCGCCAGAGGAGGUCCUUGCCAGACUUCCCGAGGCCAAGCAAGACUUUGUGCGUAAGCAACUCGAGGUUCAGCCGCUGAAUAUCCGGGUUCUCGAUGGUGUUGAAUGGGACAGAGUCGAUAUAAAAUGGAAAAACGAAGGCACUGAAGGCUACGUUCUGGAAGACUAA